GGAGGAGCCAAAAUGAUGACGUUUCGGAGUUGUCUGGUUGCUGUCAGUUUCAACAAUAAGGCCCGGCCGUUGAUUGGCUGAGAAGCAGUCACGUCGCGCCAGGGAGGGGUGUCGAGCGUAGCCGGGUGGCGCCAGUGAAUAUGGCGGAAUGUGCAGAAAAAGAAAUUUUGAUCAUCACAAACAGAAGUCUGUUGUCCGAACCACUCCAUCAAUCUCACGAGUAACUUAUCAUUCACUUCGAAAAGUGCAGAAGAAAGAAGACGUGUAUUAUCAAGUUUUUUCAAAGUGGACUUUAAGCUGACCAGAACCACCAGAACGUGGAGACGCAAAUCGAGUUAGAAGAGUUCGAAAUUGAAAAUGGAGAUGACGAGCGAUCACCAACCGACAUGGGUACGUCCCGAGCACCAGGGCAACAUGGAAGGUGAAAAUAUGGGAGACAUGUUCUUCCACGGAAUGGAGGGAGGCGCCAACGCUGCCAGUUACUAUGCGAGUCCAGCAGCCGCCCGAGCUGUACAUGGCUAUAGAGGAGCAGGCAGCAUUGGGAGUGGUCAGAUGUGCAGACCCCACUUCCAUAGUCCCUUGACACCUUGGAUCUCCGAGCCCGGAAAGACACCAGUCGUGCCCCACUCUGGUUGGAUUAACUUCAGCAAGCCCCUCAGUCACCCAAGCCCCACGGCACCACUCACUGUGAAUCCUACGUCAACCAGUUCCACAUCAGUUGCAUCAUCAUCACAGCUCUUCAGUUUCCCGCCAACACCUCCUAAAGAUUCCACUCCCGAUAUGGGCACAACGAACAACAAUAACAACACAAACAGUGAAUAUUCCCCCGAGAGUAAACCCGCACAGAAAGACAGUAUUAGUUCGCAUAUGGAUGUCCAUGGAGGCACUAAUGGAUCGCAUCCGUCACAUCCACUCCCCACCUACCCAUACGUGGGCACCGAUUAUACCAGCAGCGCCCUCUUUCACUCGGCCAACAUGUUUAAAGCGGCAUCUUUAGCCAGGGCCAGGAACCAGAAGAGGAGCAGCUCAGAAGGUAGAGAGUGCGUCAACUGUGGUGCUACAUCAACCCCACUCUGGAGGAGAGACGGGACGGGUCAUUAUCUGUGCAAUGCCUGUGGCUUAUAUCACAAAAUGAACGGUGCAAACAGACCUCUCAUCAAGCCCAAACGACGACUGUCUGCAGCCAGAAGAGCCGGAACUUCAUGUGCUAACUGUGGCACAUCCACAACAACCCUUUGGCGACGCAACCCAAAUGGCGACCCUGUUUGCAAUGCUUGUGGACUCUACUACAAAUUACACAAUGUGAACAGGCCACUGACCAUGAAGAAAGACGGCAUCCAAACACGCAACAGGAAGAUGUCAACAAAGAGCAAGAAGAAGCGUGGAGGAGCCAGUAUGUGUGACCUAUUGAAACCCCUCGACAAGCCAUUCUCGACCUUCUCCCCUCCCAAUGUCAGCCCAGCGAUGCAUACACCUAUGGGGUACAUGACGGGGAUGUCUUCAAUGGGGCACAACACCCUAAGCGGAGGAUAUAUGCAGCCCCAGACAUCCCACUAUCUUUCAUCCAACUUUGGAGGACUUUCUCACCCAAGUGCAAUGUCCCAUGGAGGACUUUCACACCAUGGAGGAAUCUCCGGCGGCUACUCAUUCACUCCAACUAGUCUAUCUUCAUCUCAACUACCCCCCUCAUUUUCCAAUAUACCUUCCUCAGGUCUCAACUUAUCUACAAAUAACAUGGUGGGUACUAUAGCUUAGUACCAGCACCUGGGUCAUAUCUAACAUUAUUUAUUACGGUCCAAGUGACUCCCAUAUUUGGACAGACAUAUUGAGUACAUGAGCACUCAUGUUGAGUGCUUAGACAGUCAUGUUGAGUAAAGGAAACAGUUGCAGGAAACUUAUUCAUUUUAUUGAUUGCCAACCUUUAUAUCGCCAUGGAAACCUCAAAGGAAAGCAUCACCAAAAUGUAUGUUACCAUGGUAACUAUGGAACAUUGAGAAACAGUGGAAUAAAGUGAGAACUUGGUGAACAGUUAUAAACGAAAAUAUUAGGAAACAUGCAGCGAUUCAGAUGAUCUUAACAGACAUUGAAAUGAUUUGUGUUGAUAUGCUGAUGUGUACCAGUACGUUAUCAAAGGUUAUUGUAACUAGUCAUGCAUUAUAUGUAGAGGAAUGUUUAACUUGUGUUGGUGAGUCGAGAAAAUAUGUACAAAAACAUAAUAUAUUUGUAUAAUUACAACAUUACUAUGUAUUUUAUGGCUAAAUUACCGAGUGGUGGUUUCUUCUUUUUUCAAGUUUCUUAAAUAAAAUAUCAUUGUUCAUUUUGUUAACUGAAGGUUAAACAGGGUCUUGUAAAUAAAGUAUGUGUUCCUAGGAAGUAGGUGCUAUGUUUCUAAAAAAUUAGUGGAAAAUCCAAAAAUAUGUAAAGUGCCAAAAUAGCAAGGGACAGCCAUGACAAGUAAAAACAUAGCUAAUUAGUUAGAUCAGUGUAUAUAUGUGUACAUACAUCUAAAGACAGUGGAUUACAACGAGGGACAAUGUAAUAAUAUAUUAUAAGUAAUUAAGAGAAAGUCAGCCAAUGUAGUGUAUUCUUGAAGUCAAUGUAUUAUUAAUAAACAGGUAGCAAUUUGAAAAUACAGUAGUAAACCCAUUUUAGAAUAUUUUUAUUUCAUUUUAAGAUAAAUCAUAUAUCUUUCGAGUCUUCCAUUUGUAGGAUAUAGCUGCUCAUAGUGAGGUAGUUUUAGUUUAAUUUUUAGUAAAAUAUUUUGAUGACAUGGCUUCUCAAUUUAAAAUCAUAACAUCAGGAUAUGAGAUAUAUCCAUAUUGGAUAAUAUUAUUAUAUUGGAUAAUUAUGAUAAUAUUGUAAAAAACAUGUACAAUACAUUCCAAAGUAACCCUAUGUCUUAAUGGAUAUAAGUAAUUAAUGUGACUUAUGUAUAUUUAACAUGUCAUUAGGAAAAUAAGUAUUGUAUACAAUGUACAAUAAGACAAUGUAUUAUUUUGAUGGAAACAUUUUUUGUACAAUAUUUGCUUCAAACUAAAGUGGAGCACAUCUUAGCAUUUAGGAAAUAACAUGGUGGCUGAAAAUAAGGAUUCUCUUGGAGUUGAGACCAGAAAUGUCUUAUUUUUGAAAGACAGUAUAUAGCAUAAUUUACUGAAUGAAAAGUAAUGUCUAGUGUAAUGUAAGAUAUUUAUUCUAAAAAACGAACAAACACCACCGAAUCUCAGAUAUAUUACUUUAUCUCAAAAGCAUUUAGUUUUUUAAACAUUGAAUACAGGUUAGGUGAUUUUUCUUAUGUACAGCUAUAUUGUAAAAGUUUUUUCUGCCUGUAAGUAUAAUAAACUAUUAUAAAUUA